GUAUAUACGCAAAUGCUUGUAUGUAUUUUAAGUGUGACAAGCUGCUUACAGAAAGAAAGCUUCAUUUGUUUAUCAUUAUUUGUUUCUAUUGUUUCUGCUUUCUUUUUGUGGCUAUCCGUGUUUCUAUAAUUAAUUCUUGCCAAACUGAGGAAACAAAGUUUUCCACGUACAAAAUGGAUUAUGUUGAUAUACAGGCCGUUGAAUCUAAGCUAACCGACGUAACCGUAACUCCAAUUCCGAUGGGUUCCAAGAUAUCCUCGACUGGUCAUAUGAAUAUGUCCAACAACAAUUAUGGAAAUCAUCACCAGCAGCACCAACAGCAGCAGCAGCAGCUACACCAACAACAACAGCUUCAGGCACAACAUUUGUCAACAGCGGCGGCAGCAGCAGCGGCAGCGACGGCCGCAGUGCCCACAUCGGCGCUCGUUACCCCGGUCAACAAUUUGAACCACUUCCCGAACAACUCGAACCUGUCCAAGUAUGCUCAACUGUUAAUGGUUAUCGAGGAGAUGGGUCGCGACAUCCGUCCCACAUAUUCCGGCAGUCGCAGCUCGGCAGAACGUCUGAAGCGUGGAAUUGUUCAUGCCAGGAUAUUGGUUCGGGAAUGCCUGUUGGAAACGGAACGGUCAGCAAGACAAUAGUUAACAUAAUUUUUUGAUGAUAACAGCGUACGAAAAGGGAAUACCAGUCCAAUUUCAGACAUUGCAUUAGUACAAAAUAGCUCGAACCCAAAUAGUACAUUCUUACUGGAGCCUGUACAAUAGACCAAUCGAAAGUACCUAUCAGCUAACUAAGAAACGCACUAUUAAUCAAAGGAGAUUGAAGAUAUAAAAGGAGUUAUUUCAGGUUUAUAAAUUAACUCUAGAAUGUAUACACAACCGAUGGAAAUUUUGAUACAAUGUAAAUGAAAUACGAUUUAUAGUAGAGGAAAAAUAAUUUUUCAUUGCAAAAGACAUUAGGUAUAACGAUAGUUUGUAUGAUUUGAAGGAACUGUAUUUUUAAAUUGUGACAGAAUAAAUGGCGAAUCAUUGAUUUAUUUUAUG